AUGAGUAAAGACAAUGAAAGGGUGAAGGAGAGUUUUUUCAACACGGCAUUUCCUGCGCUUUGCUCUGGCGCAGCGCAGGCGGUUUUGUUUAACCCCUUCGAUAGAGCCCUUUACGUGCGGGUGAAGUUUCGCCGCCAGCACUUUUUGGACCGACGUAACUUUGAUCAACCGUUUCAGGGCUUCAUGAACGCCGCCGUCUAUCGCACGCUGGUAGGCGCCUCUUACAUGUUCUGGCAGGACUCUGCCCGAAUUUUUAUUGAGAAUAAGACGCCGGACUGCUUCCACGCCUCACAAUCCCCAAGGUUAAACGCCUUUCUCAUUGGCGCAACGGCCGGUUCUGUGAACGGUGCGGUGUUAAAUGGAAUGCAGGUUGUAAAGUAUCGCAUGUGGAAUGUCGAGGGAAACGCCUCGUUUCUGAGCGUUGCCGUGGAGGCGUACAAGGAGAAUGGGAUGCGCAUCUUUCUGCGCGGCGUUGGCGCGACAGCGUUGCGUGACUGCGUUUUUGGUAUCGUCUACGAGUCGCUUCGGCGUUCCACCGUCGUAAAGGAUGUUAUUUACCCCUACGUUGUCUCGGCAGAAAGGACCCCAAACUUUCUGCGGAGACUUCAAGCGCCACCCGACUGUCGCCCUGCGUUGUCGGCGGAGGAGGCCUCUUUAAAGGCUCACCCCAAUGCUAAGAAUAAUUCCGGCGAGCUUAGUGGCGGACGUGUGGGGCUGUGGAAGCAGGAGAAGUGCGGCGCAUGCGCGUUUGUCUCAAACCUUGUCGCAGCACUGCUUGCCUCCGUAGUCAGUUCGCCGCUGAACUAUGCACGUACUGUGAUCUACGGGGCUCCGUCUGGUUCGGAGCCAAUGCGCUGCAUGUCACUAAUUCGCUCUUUUUGUUACCAGGUGCGGUUCAUCUACCUCCGCGGUGAGAGCUUCACGGGGGCGAAGACCAUUUUUGCCGAGUCAAUGGAGAAGGACUCUUCCCUGCAUGGCAGCGGCGGCGGCAGCGGUGGUGGCGGCGGCGGCGCGUACCCACGCAGCCGGGUGCUGAGGGCGUUGCAGCACAUUCGGGGAGGAAUUUUGGCGCGAGCGCGUCGGCGGAAGCGGUAUCCGGUUGCCACGUGGCGUUGGGUAAACAGCCGGUUGAACAUUGGCUGGGGCUCGUUGCGUGUUGGCCUCGGCAUGGCUGUUGGGCAGAGCCUGUUCCACUUCCUGCAGGAGACCUUGUGA